AUGUCUGACGCUCCUCCUUUCCCCUCCCCAACGAAGCGAUGGCACACCAAAGCACAGCCGUCCACGUCUCCAACCCGCCCGGAACUAUCUGCCAAAGGAAAAUCCGUGAUAAUUACUGGGGGUGGCACCACUGGAAUCGGCGGAGAGACAGCCCGUCACUUCGCCCAGGCCGGCGCUUCGCGGAUCGCCCUCCUCGGCCGACGGGAAGGGCCCCUUCUUGAUAACAAGGCCCACAUCGAGAAGGAAUACCCCGGCGUCGAGGUCUUCGCCAUCUCAACCGACGUCACCAAGCAGGGCGAGGUCGACGCAGCCUUUGCCCGAUUCGCCGGCGGCGGCGGCAAGGUCGACGUUCUCGUCCAUUCUGCAGCGGCCAUCGGGCCAGGGGAGCGCGUGUCAGACGUGGACGGCGAGAUGUUCCUGGAGGGUGUCCAGGCCAACAUCGCCGGCGCGCUCUGGGUCGCAAAGGCCUUUGUCCGCCAUGCUUCCCCCGAGGCGGUCGCCAUCGCCAUCAACUCCUGGGGGGCGCACCUGAGCGUCAACGACGCCUUUUCGUCAUACUGCGUGGCCAAGAUCGCCGCCUAUCGGCUCUGGGACACGGUCGCCCUCACGAAUCCGAACCUGAGCAUCUUCCAUACCCAGCCCGGCGUGAUCCUCACGGAGAUGAAUUUGGAGGUUGGGGGCGCUGAGAGCAUGAAGGACGUCCAGGUUGACGAUGUAUCUCUGCCGGCCAGCUUUAAUGUCUGGCUUGCAAGCCCCGAGGCCCGGUUCUUAAAGGGCAAGUUUCUAUGGUGCAACUGGGAUGUGGAUGAGCUCAAGGCCCAGGCAGAGGAGAUUGAAAAGGGAACAAAACUGAGUAUUGGGCUAGCGGGAUGGCCGUUCAAUGACUGA